CGCAAUAUUUCUGUUAUAGAAAAUAAAUAAUGAAGAUAUUCCCGAAGGAAACUUACAAAUCGAAUUUUUAUUUCGCUAAAUGAAUAUAGUCAUAGCAACUUAGAGUGGAAGUACGAGGAUAUAAGGGCGGAAUUUUAUUUCAGAUGACUGUGAUAUGGAUACUUACGACAACGAAGAAUGUGGAUAUAUGGAAAAAUUCUUCAAGGCUGCAACAUCGGACGAGAUGAAAACUCCUAAAAUAUACUACGGUACUCGAACGCACAAGCAGAUCGAACAAGUCAUUAGAGAGUUAAGGAAGACGUGCUAUACGCACAAAAAGAUGACCAUUUUGAGCAGUCGAGAGCACACUUGCAUUCAGGAGUCCACAAAGAAUAAGACAGAACUUUGUAACGACCUGUUGGAUCCUGCAAAGCACAAGGGAUGUCCAUUUUACAACGAAACUAACAAGAAGACCCUCGCGAAUUUCCGCGCAGUGAAGGCCCACGGUUUGGGGCCAGCAUGGGACAUCGAGGAUUUGGUUACCAUAGGAAAAGACAUAGGCGUGUGCCCAUACUUUUCUGCCAGGAGUCUAAUGGAGGAGGCAGAUAUUAUAUUCUGCCCUUACAAUUACAUAGUCGACCCUGAUAUCCGUGAGACUAUGCAACUCGACCUGAAGGGUCAGGUGAUCAUCGUAGACGAGGCGCACAACAUAGAAGACAUUUGCAGAGACGUGGCAAGCGUCAGUUUUCGAGAUGAUCAUCUCGCAGCUGCUGCACGCGAGUGUGAAGUUCUCGUGGAACAGAGAACCUACGAUGGUGACACUUACAAAACCCUGAAAGAGUACCUCUUUCGACUAAUCAAGUUCCUCAAGGACAUGAUUCUUCAUACAAUGAACAACACCAUGAACAUCGAGAUGUCGAGCCCUUACUAUACAGGCCGAGAACUGUUGGAGUAUCUCAACAUGAACAAUCUUGGUGAAUCAGUGUACUCAUCGAUCGUUGCUGCUGGAAAAGCAGCAAUUGCUGACAGUAUCAAGGCGAAGGAGGACAGUCGAAUAGGUGGUCGUCAGUCAUCGGUAAAACCAACCAUCUGCGCCUCUACCAAAUUAAUCCUCCAGCAUCUGCUAUUUACCUUGGAAGUACUCACUUCUAAAGACUUCGUGGACGAAUUCAGGGCGUGCGUAAUCGAAACCGUAGUGACGGAUUAUCAAACCGUACAAGAUGACACUUGGCAUUCGGUGAAGAAACAAUCGCAUCGGGCACGUACGUUGAAACUCUUCUGCAUGAAUCCUGGCGUGACCUUCUCGCCAAUUGCCGAAGCUGCUCGCUGUGUGGUCCUUGCGUCUGGAACCCUGACUCCGAUAGGGUCGUUCGAGAGCGAGCUGAACACAAGGUUCGUUCAUGUGUUGAACACUGCCCACGUGAUACCGAAGGAACAAAUUUUUGCAACCUGCGUACCCAAAGGACCAACUGGGAUUGCUCUGAAGGCGACUUUCCAAAACGUGAACCAAUGGGAUUUUCAGCUCCCUGGUGGUGUGGACGAGACCCAACCGUGGAUAAGUUAACAGUGGAGGUGUUGACAGACGACCUUUCAGUCUUGAACCGGUUACUAAUACCCUACUGUUGUUGAUACUCGCAGUGAGAUUAGACAUGGAUUGGUACACCUAAGAAAGGGCUUCGCGCGAAGACAAUGCAUGGCGAAGCAUUGGCCUUUAAUUCACGAACAGUGAAAGGAAUUUUCGUGGUGUCCCAACACCGCCAUGCGACAGCCGUUUUAUUCGUCGAGCGAUAAGUGUCACUGGGUCAACGUUUCAUGAACUCCUCUGACCACGAAACUCUUACGAAAAACGAUUGUCUAGCCUGCCUACACGAUCGUUUCCGCUCGACACAAGAAACCCCGUGACGAUGUGCUGCUGAAGAGGAAAGGCUAACAAAAUCUGAGAAUCUUGCAAUAUUCCUUGGCAAGUGAACGAAUCUAAUUGGUAAAUGAUCGUUAAUUUCAUUAGAAAUUAAAUAAUUCAUAUUUCCAAUGUUUAGGAAUUACUCGACUUCGGUUUUUAAAUAUUAUGGAUUUCCCAAAUUUUUUAGCUUUGAUGACUCAAUUUCUUAAUUUUCAAUGCUUCGAAUUUCCCAAUUUUCAGUGAUCUCAAUUUCUCAAUUUUCAAUGCUUCCAAUUUCCCAAUUUUCAGUGAUCUCAAUUUCUCAAUUGUCAAUGCUUCCAAUUUCGCAAUUUUCAGUGAUCUCAAUUUCUCAAUUUUCAAUGCUUCCAAUUUCCCAAUUUUCCGUAGUCUCAAUUUCUCAAUUUUCGAUGCUUCCAGUUUCUCAAUUUUCACUGACCUCAAUUUUAUCAUAUUUAAUUCAUGUGGAUCUAUAUUAACAUAGAUUUAUAAAGGAUUCUACGUACAUAAUUUGCAUAAAUCCUUUGAGGUGAACACCUAGUCAUCACCCUGGAAUUUCCUCAGGGUAGAUAAAAAAGUGUCCGACUUCCAGCAGUCGUAUCGGAUCCAUAUCAUUUAAUUUACAUAUCAUCGUUCCAGCCUCUUGUCGAAAAAAAUAUAAAUCUAGCGAGCAAAGGAGGCUGUCCAAUCGCACGUGGGACUGUAUUUCCAACCGAUUAUGCAUUCACCGCUAAUUCGGUCAGUUGUAGCGCCUUGAAACAAAUAUCGCCUCGCGAUUCAUUUUUUUUUUCAAUCGAGAAACUCGUUGCGAAACAGAAGCAACAGUAAGUGGUCGAUGCGAUUAUGGAUAAUUAAUUUGAAAAUAAAUGCUUAGAACCAAUCAUUUCUACUUUUUAUUCGAUUGGAGUUGAUCGGUUUGGUCAUCGAUGGUAAUUUGCGUGCGUUAAAGCGACCAUUAACAAUGUUUACGCGGGACUUCGUUUUUAUUUUUAUGCUAGAGGGAAAAUCGCGUGGCUAUGUUAAUUAAGGCAGCAUCACGAGUAAAAGGUGUUGAGUGACGCAAGCUCUGUCAUUUCUGCGCAUCUUUGAUAAACAGAUCGUCGAUGGAAUUCCACAACCGUGUAGGAAAAUUAUUGUUGAUUGCAAGAAUAAGCCUGCAAGUAUAAUUUAGCGUAACGUUAGUAAAUUCGAAAUUUUAAUUUCAAAUGGAGUAGCGAGGUAUGAUCUGUUUUUAGUUACGCUUAGAACAGAAUAAUUUUGUAGAAGUAGAAGAAGUUUAAUUGAAAUUGAGUGCAAUUACAGGCUCGUUAAAUUCGAUUUGAAUGAAAUAGAAAGUGUUCGGGAACAAGUGAAAUCUCGAAAAAAAGACAAAUGGAACGAGAAAAAUGUGUGCCUUGCUGUUUUAGCGCGAACGAACGAGACGCGAGCCAGGUCAGGAAUAAAAAUCAGUCUGAUGUUGCGAAACGCAACGCGUGGAACCGGCUGACAUCGACCACGAAUCGAUGAUAAUCAAGCUUAAUUGUAUAUGCAUACGCGCCGAUGGCAAUGAGUAUUUAUCGGUGCAUACGAGCGAGUCUCUGCAACCAGUUUCGACAUAAACACGUACGAUGGCCAACAAACACGAGCGCGACUGAAUCGUGUCAGAAAAAUGCCGAGUCUAAUUAUGUAUUCGCCGAUUUUAUCGACAUCUGAAUUUAUUGGACGAAUAUUAUCACGAACUCGUCCUACGGGUAGAUUUCAAAUUUUUAAACUUUCGGAAUUGCUCGACUUCAGAUUUGGAAUAUUGUCAAUUUUCCAGUCUUGGUGACCUCCAUUUGCCAAUUUUCAAUGCUCUUAAUUUUCCAAUUUUUUGUGAAUUCAAUUUUCCAGUAUUUGGACACCAAAUUUGUCUAAUUUUUCUGAAUUUUCCACUUUUGGUUACCUCCAUUUUCCAAUUUUCAAUGCUUUCAAUUUUCCAAUUCUUUGAUACCUCAAUUUUCCAGUUUUCGUGAUCUCCAUUUGCCAAUUUUCAAUGCUUUCGAUUUUCCAAUUUUGUUGUGAUCUCAGUUUUUCACUUUUUGGCGACCCUAAUUUCCCAAUGUCUCGCGAAUUUUCCCACUCCAUUAAGCCUCGUUCUAAUUACAUUCUCCGUUAAUUGACCGGAACGGAUUACUGGCUACGUCAGGUGGUGGUAUUGCCACUACCGUACAAGAUUACAUCAAGACUUCACGGACUCUUUUUCCCAUGGAUUCGCGUGAUUAUUUACUCUAUGUCAAAAUGUCAAACGUGAUUCCAGUGUCCCGUGUUUCAUUAAAUAACGGCUGAUUAUCAUCACGGUCAAUUUUCCCACAGAAAAUGACUUGAUACCAACGGAAGACGCCACCAACCUCUUCCCUUCUCUAUUAACUCUAAUGCUCUUGCAAUCUUUCAUUCCACAACCAACGUGACGACUAUUCAAAACUAUAAAUUCUUUAACGACUCGAUAUUUUCUAACCAUAGUACAAAGUACAGAAAUAUUAAAAGAUAUAUUUAAUUAAUUCUUAUGAAUGCGUUCAAGAUUAUCGUAGCGACAAUUUGCCUCUAAUUAGACUUACGAAAGGCUAAUCAGUGAAUAUGUCUUCCAGUGAGGUUCACCUUGAGAAGUCUGUCAUUUAUUUUAAUCUCAUAUUUCAUUUCUACUUUUACGAGACUUUGAACGCGUAGAAUCUUUUUUACCGUCGGUGUAGAUAGAACAAGGCACGAAGUUUUAAUUUCAUGCUACCCGGUGUAUCGAAGUUAUAAUUUCAUGCUACCAUCUCGUAGUUUCCCUACCUGGUCGUAAUUUAUUUUUCUCACGCAAUUAAGAAUAACGUUCGCGUUCUCACGAACGAGCCGGCUGAAACUUGCGAAGAAGGAAUUUAAAUCGACGCCAUUACCUUUCACAGAAAAAAAAAUUGUUUCACCGACGAAUUAGUUCUUUCACAAUUUUCCGCAGUUCUUCUGUAAUCGUUCAACCGAGAAAAAAGUAAUUUAAUUGUUCUCCUCGCGAUGGCAAAAAUUGCUGAGAGAAUAUAGACAAAUAUUGCCAAUUACAGAGGCACCCUCUUUAGGCGCCGAUACGAUCGCACUUCUUUAACCAGCAGUUCCUCCUAACGUAGAAGUAAACCUAUUAACCAAUAAGGAAUCACCAUAAAUCUGGAAAAUUGAAAUUGGUUGAUUGUCUAACGAGAAAAUGAACUUUCCCGUGUAACUGUCACCUCAAAAAUCAGGUUACGCCUGAAGACACCUGUAUCUUCCGUGAAGCUACCUGGUCGUUUUCUCAAAGAAAAUAUAACGCGAUAGCGAGUUGCAUGCUCGCGCGGUUUCGUCAUCUAACGAGCUUCGGCCAUUAAAACGAUCUUCUCGGGCGACAAUAAUUCGAGCCCGUCUAAUUAGCUCGUUUCGCGACAGGAAGGUCGUUACGCCUCGCGAAGACAUUAUGUCAUCGUACUUCUGCAAACCCCUUUCAGCUAACGUUGAUCGAUGUGAAUUAUUCAAUCAACAUCGCUAAUUGGACCUGACACUAAUUAUCCCGAGACGACCUGAAAAUUCGAGAAUAAUUCCAAAUACUGAGAACCAUGUGAGACCUCUUCGAUGCUUCGACGAAGGCAAACGAGAUUCCUGGCGUGGGACAACUUUCUCCAAAAAUAUUUGGAACCACUGAUCUCACCUGGAUGAUAAGUUAUUCUCUCGGAACACCUUGUACCAUUCAAGAUUUGACUCUGGACUCUGAAUUCGUUUGUUUAAACAAAGAUUUCUGCGCUUCCAAUUUGUCGGAGCCCCCAGGAACGAUCGAAGUCCUUUAUUCGAGGGCGAUCGACUUUCAAGAUAAGAUUAACGGGGUCACAGGUAGAAACCUGACGAUGAAGAUGAGCCUCCGUCGGCUUUUUGCCCGAGUAAUUUUCCUACUCGGGCAAACGCUGUUCUCAGAAUCGAAAGCCAACCGAACCAGUCGGUCAGGCCACCCAUCACGGUUUUCCACGCUAACGCCGCGAACGAAUAGAUCGUUUGCCCCGGAGAAACGGACUCUUUCCUCCUUAAACGCGUGACCCGAUUAGCAGUCCAUCGUGGACUCCUUAAAACGAGUGAAAACGGAGACAGUCUAUUUAAAAAAACAAGUAUACUUCUAAACAAAACACAUCAAAGAACAUUCAGUCGGUUCCCAAUAGUCAAUAAACAAGAGGUUACCACGUUCCGUUCAACUAGAAACAAGUGAUUCACUUAUAGGGGUGUUUAUUCUAUCGUCAAGGAUGAGAAGCUAACCCUAACUCUAUCAAGCCCAAGAAUCACGGGACGCUUGGCAACUUCC